AUGAGCGAUCCCGAUGCAAAGACGAACCCAACCGAGUACGACUACUUAAAGUCGCGUCUAUCGCCACAGCAAUUGCAAGCCAGCAUUGACUUUUAUGAAGCUGAUAGCAAGUUAACCCCAGAAGAUAGGUUAAAAUUGAAGCAAGAGUUACAGUCGGUUCUUGUAUCCAACAACCUCAUUGGAUAUUCUGCUGGUAUGGUGGGGCUUAUCACGCCUACAGUUUACUAUAAGCUAAUCAAGAAGCAAACACCAUCUAAGCUUUCAUUCAUUCAAAAGCCAUUCUUGUCGUUUUUCCUUGGACUUGCCAAUAUGAUGGUUGUCAGUUCAAUUGUACAACGAAAGAGUUUUAAUGACAAAAUUAGUAGUGGCGACCUAAAUGGAGCGCAAUUGGAUGCCUGGAAGCAUAUGGAAUGGCACAACGUUGGCGCAUUCUAUUACUACUACUUGAAAUCAUCCAAAGACCCAAAGUAUAAGCUAAAAGAUCCAAGAGCCGUGUCAGUAGAUCCUAAAACCAGGAGAAUAGUAGAGCCUAGUCCUGAUAAGGUUAGUUUUGAUCCUCAGGUUUACAAAGAAAAGGAGUUCCACAAUGACCACCGAGAAGGUACAAAUUUCGUCAAUGGCGUUGGUCUCAAUGAACAUCACAAUCUAUCACAUUGGGACAAGAUUAGGUUAGCGAAUGGAUUUGACGUAACUGAUGAUGAAGAGCCGAAGCAAACCCAAUUUCUGACUUUUGGUGGCAAUGUGAACUCCAGUGGAAACUUGUCAGCUCCUGACUCUCAAGAUCCACCAAAACAGUUAUCAGCCUGGGACAGAAUCAGGGGUGGCAAGUAG